UUACUUUAGUCUAAAGUAGGAGGGAAAUUGGCACUAUUCAUAUGAACAGUGUUUUGGACCACAUUUUAGUUUAUUUACAAGAUUGCCACUAUGGUGAAGGCGGCUGGGUUAGUUCGUUUUGGGCUGUGUUUGCUGGGCUUACCUCAAUUGUUGACGAGGCUGGCCCUUUGGGUGUUCAAAUGAUGGGAAUGCCCAUCUAGGGUUAGGAUCCGACGGCCCGGAUUAAAAGUUUGGAGGAUACUUUUGUCAUCUUAAUUGUCGGAACUGAUUGGGAUCGAUGAUGAGGGGAUUGUAGGGCAAACGGGAGGCCAUUAUCAGUUUCUGCUACUCUCCGCAAACCCAAAUUUCUUCGUAUCGUUCCAGUAUUCAACGACAAACCCAGAUCCCUAAACGCAAAUUUCUUCAUUUUUUUCCCUCCUCCCGUUCCUACAGGAGCGUCAGAUGUAUCCAGAUGAGCUGAUCCUCAAGUCCAAGAUCUUCAAGGCCACAUCGUCACCAAAGUCAUCGAGUACGGCUAGAAGCAUGUCGAGCUUCGAGACGGCGAUAGCACCGACGUCGGCAAGAGCGGCGAUUAGACUAUCAAGAAGUUUGUCGGACUUCAUCAACGAGAUCAAAGCUGAUCAGAAUGUUCUCUUUGAUCUGGUCUUGGCUUCAAUAAAAUCAGCACCCACAGCUGGAGGAGUCAAGAAGCCUGACCGCUACCGACCUGGAAUCGUCGCUCUUCGUGUAUGGGUGUUAAGUAAUUCAGAUGUUAUAGAUGAUCUCAGAAGGGAAGGGGUUUGCCUCAAACCGGUGAAGGAAUCAGGGGAACAGAGCCCAGACUAUAAGAGAUGA